UAGCGCUGAACAGAUAAGGGCGUGGAGAGCAUCUUCGACAUCAUGGAGAUGGAGGACGACGAGCGGACGGCGCUGCUGCAGCUGUCCGACGCCCAGAUGGCCGACGUCGCCCGCUUCUCCAACCGCUACCCCAACAUCGAGCUGUCGUACGAGGUCGCCGACAAGGACGACGUCAAGAGCGGGAGUCCAGUCCUGGUUCAGGUUCAGCUGGAGAGAGAGGAGGAGGUGACCGGGCCCGUCAUCGCACCGCUCUUCCCCCAGAAACGCGAGGAGGGCUGGUGGGUCGUGAUCGGAGACCCGAAAUCUAACAGCCUGAUCUCCAUCAAGAGGCUCACGCUGCAGCAGAAAGCCAAGGUCAAAUUGGACUUUGUUGCCCCGGCGAUGGGCGUUCACAACUACACGCUGUACUUCAUGAGCGACGCGUACAUGGGCUGCGACCAGGAGUACAAGUUCAGCGUGGACGUGAAGGAGGCGGACAGCGACGGGGACAGCGACUCGGACUGAGACCCGACGCCAUCAGACGCCAGUCGGCUGCUUCCUGUAGAUAUCCAGCGCAU